CGAAAGAGCCCAUCUGUUACAGCCACUACGACCAACGGAGGACGAUGCCGUUUCAACCCCAAUAUCUACUCCACCGGAAAGGUGUGCCUGUCUAUUCUGGGUACCUGGCGAGGUGAGCCUGGCGAGGAGUGGUCCGCCGCACAAGGCCUAGAGUCCAUCCUCUUGUCCAUACAGAGUCUCAUGUCUAGCAACCCCUAUGAGAACGAACCUGGCUUCGAGGAUGCAAACGAGCCCAACGACAAAAAGAAUCAGAAAGACUACGUCGCCAAGGUAAGCUGAAUGCGCUGGUCUAGUGGCUUGCUCGUGGUUUACUAGUCCUAACUUCCCAUCAUCGCUAGAUACGUCACGAAACUUUGCGCGUGUCUGUCAUCCAGCGGAUGGAAGAAUAUCUAGGCAUUACCCAUGGCCUCCAAGCUCCGUUCCCCACAGACGCCGAGAGAGCGGCUCACAGCCUGGAUUUUGAUGAUGAUGACGAUGACGACGAUGACGAUCUGGACGAGGCCUCUGUACCUUGGGAGCCUUUUAGGGACCUCAUCAAGCAGCGAUUCUUGUGGUACUACAAGUCAUACCAAGACACCAUUGAGAAAGCCAAGACAGAGGUCAAGGAUGGUCAGAAAUUUGUCCGUAUGCCUUUCGAGGGCGGCAACAAUAUCAUGGAAGGCCACUUCGAUUAUUCCGAGCUCGAGAAGAGGCUGCGCAACAUCAAAACAGCGCUAGAUCUCGAGACUCUUUCCUGGGCCAGAGAAGGUCUUCUGCCCAAAUAUAGGGAAGGUACUGUAGCUGUAAACCUCGCUCGACAGUUCGAGCAAAUCCAAGAAUCCUUCAAGAGGAGCGAUGUAUCACACCACAUUGAGCUGGUCGGCGGCAAUCCGUUCGUCUGGAAUCUGACCUACAUCGGCAGACCUAUGACGAAUCUGGACGGUGGUCUAUUCAACAUCAUGCUUCGUUUCAGCCCACGCUUUCCAGAGGAGCAGCCAAGGGUUGCUUUUGAGACCAAGCUUUUUCACCACCGUAUUGCCGAGGAUGGCACGCCUUGCUACUUCCCCAAGACGAGUCGCCGAGAUGAUGUCAAGGGCCACAUUGAAGCAAUUCUCGACACUCUAGAGGAGGAACAUCCUCCUUAUGACCCAAGAACUUUGACUAAUCCAGAAGCCCACAAGCUCUUCUGGGGCGGCCAGGAUGAGCGCAAGUUGUACAACAGGAGGCUUCGUAGAUCUGUGCAGCAGAGUAUGGAGGACUGUUAGUCCUCCUAAGAGCUUCUACCUGAUGCCGUUACGAGUUAAUUCCUUCCCCCGGUCUUGUAUUUGUCCCCUUUCGAGCGGGUAUUGU